AUGUCAGAUAGGCAGAAGGGGUUAGUUGAUGCAGUGAACAGAUUCUUCCCUGGUUCUGAACAUAGGUAUUGUGUCAUGCAUCUGUACAGUAACUUCAAGCAAAACUACAGGGGUUUGGCUCUGAAAGGUAUCCUCUUCAAGGCAGCAAUGUCAUCAAGAGUGGUUGAUCUACAGAAGGCUACGAUUGUUAAGAUCUUGGAGGAGCUGAAAAAGAGAGCUUCAGAUUUUUUUGCUCAUUGGAAUGGUGAGGAUCAGUUUGAGAUAGAGAAUGGAAUAGGAACUAGGUUCAAGGUUCAUUUGACAGAAAAGACUUGUACCUGUAGAAGGUGGGAUUUAACUGGUAUCCCAUGUGUUCAUGCAAUAAGUGGGAUUUUUUACUUGGGGAAGAAUCCUGAAGACUUUGUGGAUAACUGUUACAGUAGGAACACAUUCCUAAGGUCACAUUCACAUAUGAUGAAAGCCAUUAAUGACUCUGAAAUGUGGCCAGAGGUGGAUGUGCAAUCUCUUGUCCCACCAGUGAUUGAGAAGAUGCCUGGAAGACCAAGAAAACAUAACAGAAGGAAAGAUCCAGAUGAAGGUAAAAGAGAUUCUGGGAGGCCAUCACAAGGUGGAAGACCACUUACCUUAGGCAAGAAGGGAGUGAAAAUGACAUGUUCAUACUGUGGACAAAAGAACCACAAUGUCAGAGGUUGCCCUUCUAAGAAAAAUGAGAACAACCAAAAGGAAAAGGAAAAAGAUGAGCAAACAGGGGUCACAAUGAACAAUGAGCCAAAUGGGAACUCACAAGCAUCUGCCUCAGUGGGCCCUCAACAAAUGGGCCAUGCCUCAGUGGGUCCUCAGCAAAUGGGCCCUCAGCGAAUGGGCCCUCAGCAAAUGGGCCCUGCCUCAGAGGGCCCUAACCAAAUGAGCCCUGCCUCAGUGAACCCUGACCAAAUGGGCCCUCAACAGAUGGGACCUGAUCAAAUGGGCCCACAGCAGAUGGGACCUGACCAAAUGGGCUCUCAACAGAUGGACCCUGACCAAAUGGACAUUGACCCAGGCUUGGAGGAGAUUUAUUCAGUCAUUGAUGAAUUUGAUGCAUCACUGCCCAAUAAUGAACAACCACUUGCAAGGCCUCCUCAGAGAAACGUAAGAAACACCUCAGAGAUAAAGAAUGCAAUGAAGACUACUCAAAUUGAAAAGAGAAUCAUAAGGUCUGCCAGCACCUCAAUUGAGAAGUCACAGACCCUUAUCAAGAACACAAGAGAAGUCUCAACAAAAAAAGAGUUGGCCAAAAGCAUCACAGUGACAGGACCAACCACAAGAUCCAAUAAGAACAUCAAUUCCACUUCAGCUACCAACUCCAAGGCUAGUAAGUCAAUUGACAAGGUCACAGGUAAUGAGAAAAUUGUGCACACACAGAAUUCUCAAACCACCAAGGAUGUUCAGAGCACAAAAAGAACUUUAGGUCUGAAAAGAAAGUUGGAUGUGAGAAAGAUGCCACAAUCUCAAGGUCAAACAUCCAAUUCUGCUCAUGAGGUUGACAAACCCAUAUGGAGACCACCUGGGAGGUCACUCACAGAUGCUAGAAGCUUCUCAAGAAUGUUUGGUGGAGGAUUCAUGAUAAGUGGAGGAGGGAUUGUACACAGGCCAGACCCAUCAAUUGUUAGAAGUGAAGGAACUGAAAGAAGAAGUGAAGGAACUGUCACAAGAAGUGCAGGAAUUGUCAGAAGUGAAGAAGAAACCCCAGUUUGUAGACAACAGUAG